GCCCCCGCCGCCCGCGCCCCGUCCCGGCUCCGAGCGCCGCCGCCCCCCGCGCCCGCCCGCGCCGCGCUUCGCCGCAACUUCGGGAGCCGCGCGCCGCCCGCGCUCGCCCGCUCGCAAGUUGGCAAAGUUGUGGGGGGCCCCGGGGCCGACUCCCUCUUCCUCCCUCGCCACCGCUCUCCGCGGCGCCCCCCGGUGCCCCCCGUCUCCUCGCUCGCUCGGGGCCGGCGACGCGGCGCGUGGGGCCCCCUCGCCUGGACGACGGCGCUCGCCUCUGCCCUGACGAGAACCCGCCGUUCGCCGAAGGAUGGUGGCCCUCCACUGGUGUCUGCUGUGCCUGCUCUUACCACUCAGCUCAAGGACCCAGAAGUUACCCACACGAGAUGAGGAGCUUUUUCAGAUGCAAAUCCGGGACAAAACAUUUUUCCAUGAUUCAUCAGUAAUUCCAGAUGGAGCUGAAAUUAGCAGCUAUCUCUUCCGAGAUACACCCAAAAGGUACUUCUUUGUGGUUGAAGAGGACAACACUCCACUGUCCGUCACUGUGACACCCUGUGAUGCGCCUUUGGAGUGGACUCUGACCCUGCAGGAGCUGCCAGAGGAGGGCAGUGGCGAAGGCUCAGGAGAUCCAGAGCCUCUGGAACAGCAGAAACAGCAGAUCCUUAAUGAGGAAGGGACAGAACUAUUCUCCUACAAAGGCAACGAUGUGGAAUAUUUCAUAUCUUCCAGUUCUCCAUCUGGUUUGUAUCAGUUAGAUCUUCUCUCAACAGAGAAAGACACCCAUUUCAAAGUUUACGCCACCACGACACCAGAGUCUGAUCAGCCCUACCCCGAAUUACCUUAUGACCCACGAGUAGACGUGACCUCCCUGGGACGCACAACCAUCACUUUGGCCUGGAAACCGAGUCCCACAGCCUCUUUGCUGAAACAGCCCAUCCAGUACUGCGUGGUCAUCAACAAAGAACAUAAUUUCAAAAGCCUCUGUGCAGUGGAAGCAAAACUGAGUGCAGAUGAUGCGUUUAUGCUGGCACCCAAACCUGGUCUGGAUUUCAGUCCCUUUGACUUUGCCCACUUUGGAUUUCCUUCCGAACACCUGGGGAAAGAGCGUAGCUUCCUCUCAAAGCCUCCUCAAAAGAUGGGACGGCACAUCUACCCUAGGCCCAAGGUGGACAUUCAGAAAAUCUGCAUAGGAAACAAGAACCUCUUCACCAUCUCGGAUCUGAAGCCUGACACACAAUAUUACUUUGAUGUCUUCAUGGUCAACACCAACACCAACAUGAGUACUGCUUACGUGGGCACCUUUGCCAGGACCAAGGAAGAGGCAAAACAGAAGACUGUGGAGCUCAAGGAUGGGAAGGUUACAGAUGUCUUUGUGAAAAGGAAAGGAACCAAGUUUCUCCGGUUUGCACCAGUAUCUUCUCAUCAGAAAGUCACCUUCUUUAUUCACUCGUGUCUGGACGCUGUCCAAAUCCAGGUGAGAAGAGAUGGGAAACUGCUUCUGUCUCAGAACGUGGAAGGCAUUCGGCAUUUUCAGCUUAGGGGAAAACCAAAAGCAAAAUAUCUCAUUCGACUGAAAGGAAACAGGAAAGGCGCCUCCAUGUUGAAAAUUCUGGCAACCACAAGGCCUAGUAAGCAGUCCUUUCCCGCACUGCCCGAAGACACACGAAUCAAGGCCUUCGACAAGCUUCGCACCUGCUCCUCGGCCACCAUUGCCUGGCUGGGCACUCAGGAAAGAAACAAGUUUUGCAUCUACAAAAAGGAAGUGGAUGACAAUUACAACGAAGAUCAAAAGAAAAGAGAACAAAACCAAUGCCUAGGACCAGAUACGAGAAAGAAAUCGGAAAAGGUCCUCUGUAAAUAUUUCCACAGUCAAAACCUGCAAAAAGCAGUGACCACAGAAACAAUUAAAGGCCUUCAGCCUGGAAAAUCUUACCUGCUGGAUGUGUAUGUCAUAGGACAUGGGGGGCACUCUGUGAAGUAUCAGAGUAAGGUUGUGAAAACCCGAAAGUUCUGUUAAUUACCUUGUGUUGAGAGGUAUGACGUAGAACUCCAGAAUAGACAUGAAAUCACUUUGAGGACAAACUGACUACUCCCACAGCUGAGAGAAGUUGUGACCUGUACUUGUGCUGUGGAAAGAAGGAUAUCAGCUUGCGAAGACUGAUGUUUCCGUGUCAUUGUUGGAGGAGACUUGUUCUCGUGUGCCCCUGUGGUACCUAGUGUGUGUCUGAUGCCCCUCAAUGUUAAACUAGAACACAUCUUGAAGGAACUGCCAUCCCUUGCUUUGACCACUGCAUGAACUGCUUCUAAAUUAUUUUAUUUACUUAAAAAUUAAAAAUAUGCCAUUCAUUGCACACACCCUCAAAUGCAAAUCAUUCUUCUCUAUAGAUGCUAGGAUAUAUAUAUAAAUUAUUUUAUAAAGUCAUGUUUUAAUUGUCAGUGUUUCUACGAUUGUAAACUAUUAAAUUUUGUUCCUGUUAAAGCAAAGAUCUAAUCUUAAGUAUAUUAAGUGGACUGUCCUCUAGUCUGUUAUAUUGCUAUUGUAAAUUCUUAUCUGUUGAGUAAAAUGUUUAAAUACUGUAUGUAUCUCAUGUACAAAGUUGGCAUACAUUAUAUUCAUGUACAUAAAAUUAAAGAUAUUAGAUUAUAUACUGUUCAUUAACCCAAUAGUUCCCUUGGUUUAUUCAAUUUCUAUUCUGUCCUCCAAACUUCACCUAUGGCACUUGGCAUCAGCGUUCACCCCUUUCUUAAAAAGGCAUGGUAUAAUUCUCUAAAGUUACUGUGGUUAGAGGUGGUUAUUACAAUUUGUGUUUUGACAUUGAAUAGGAGCAAACACUUCUUUACAUGUGGAAUGAACUCCCAUGGAUAUAGAAUAGGACAAACCAAGCACUGUUGCAUGAUAAAUAUUCUACAAAUAGGACUUACCAAAAAAAUGUACCUCACUUCUAUUUUUAAGUGUACAUUUGUUUCAAAAUAUUUCUGAUCUGCUUGAAUAUUAGCAAAAUAUUUAUUUUAAUUUCUAUCCGAAGCAACUUAGCAACAACCAAUUAGGGCUUUAGUCAGGUGAACACUUCAGAUGCUAUUGUUUUUGUAACAUAAAGUUUUCUGCUACUUAUUACUAUGGUUUUUCAUGAAUUUUAAAAACUAACUUAGCUAUAAGAUAAAAUUUAGGCCAACGAUAACAAGUCAUCUAUCAAAGAUUCACCCAAUAGGCAGUUUUUAAUAGCUUCAUUAUCCACAGGUUCAAUAUAUGCUAUAAUAUGAGAAUAUUGAACCAGGAUUCAGAAAAAUAAUUUACUGUCACUUUAGUGGACUCACUUUAGGAAAAUCUACUAGCUCCCUUUGUCUUCAUUUCCCGUAUAUAAAAUAGGACUGUGAUAGUUUGGUACAUAUGACAUUGCAUGAUACCCUCGACAAUGCGCCAUAAGGUCUUCGUAGAAUCUUAUAGAAUCUUAUUGUAGAAUAUUAUUCUAAAUGACAACAUGUUUCUGUGACCACAGUGAGGACAGAUUAAAUUUUUUGUUGUUGUUUUGUGGCCACACCCAGAAUCGCCCAGGGGUUACUACUGGCUCUGCACUCAGGAAUUAUUCCUGCCAGUGCUCAGGGGACCAUAUGGGAUGCUGUGACUGAACCCAGGUCAGCUGCAUGCAAGGCAAACACCCUGCCUGCUCUGCUAUCUCUUCAAUCCCAGAACAUAUAAAAUUCUUUAACAUGUACAAUGAUCUCUGAAUCCUGGCACCCCCCCCCCCCAAGAGGCCCCUGUGGACAUGUAUCAGCAGCUUUCCUGUGGAGUGUAUGUUCACUGUGGCUCAGGUAAAAUGGUUAGUUGUCCUAUGAAAGAUACUCUACUUACCUUAGGAAAAAAGUGCCCCCUUGGAAAUGUAUUAUGCAACUCUUCUGCUUAGGUAUCAGAACAAAAUUGAGCAAGUGUGUACAAAAUAGUGAAACAUUUAAAUAAUUGUAAUACAUUCUCAGCCAAAAGGGGUUUAUGUGCUUCCUUUGCAUGUAACUGACGCAGGUUCAGUCUGAGGCUCUAUUACAUAGCCCCAAGAACUACUGGUGUGUCCCUAUACUCCCCACCCCCACACUGGAAGAAAAAGAGAAUUUUUAUAUAUUCUUAAAAUUUUUAAAAAACAUGUAUCCAAUGGUCAUGUAUCCAACCAGUUUUAGCAGAAGAAUGUUAAAUUGACAGCAUCCCAGAGACGUUAUAUCCUCAGUUAUGAAUGUGGUGCCUUUGGAAGGAGAAUCAGCUUUCUCAGAUUACUCUAUAUAUAUUAUGAGAGAGCAAUGUGCUGAACGGGGCUACAGUGAUUCAGCGAGUUAGUAGUGCAGCUUCUGAAGGUGAUGGACUUAAUUCUCAGAUAUUGCUUAAUGCCUGGAAAACCCUGGGAACCAGGCCAAGCCAACCUAACCAUGCUGACUUUUCAGACAGCUGUGAUGUUGCUUUCUACAUAGCCUGGAGAAUUCUUUCAUAGCCCCAGUGAAAUUUGACGUUUUUAAAUUAUAGCAAAAUUUAGUACACAUGGUAAAAAUUAUCACUCAUAAAUAAAGAGAAAAGAAAUGAUUUAAAAAAGCAAAAAAUCUCCUAUGUACUGAUGUAUAUGUAUUUUAGGAGCAUUUAUGUGAACUCAGGGAGGGGGAAAAAAGGAUUAUUCUAAAUUAAUAAAAGUACUAGGAAGGAGAGCCAUAUUAUCAUUAAGAUAGCAGAAAUCUUUGAGGAUAUUUAGUUCAAGUUCACCAUCUUUGUUUUUUAAGUACAAAGAGAAACUUAAGACCAGAGAAAUAAAAAUUAAGUUAUCUUAUGUGAAACAUCUAUCGUAUGGGAUUGCCCAGACUCUAAAAUCUUUACCAGAAUAUAAAUCACAUAUUCCUUGGGAGAAAUAAAAGUACGUAGCAGUAUUUUCCAAAAGAAAAUCUUUUCUCUCAUUGAAAUGAUUUUUUAAAAAAUUUACCCUUGUUACGUUUGUUUUGUUUUGUUUGGGCCACACCUGGCACAGCUCUGGGACCUAUGUGAGGCUGGAAACAAGACCUGCAUGCAGAAUGUAUGCUCCAACUCCUUGCUAUUUUCCAGGCCCAAAGCAACUUUUUCUUAAAGACAUUUAAGAUUUCCUUAAGGUAGUGUAUAUAAGCUAUACCUAUCAACUACAAACCUGUCCAAAAAAUUUAGUUAUUUUCUUACUUUUAAAGAGAAAAGUAAUUACCCAUAGGUUUGCGUGCUGCACCAACUUGAGAUUAUAAGAGCAGUAUCACAACGCUGUAAUUGCUUUAUUAAUAACACACACAACACCUAACACUCACCACACACAUACACACAUGCAUACAAAUUUGGUUUUUGUGGAACUCGGAGAUUGCUCUCAGCUCAGUUUCUCUCCUGGUGGUGUUCGGGGACCAUCUGGUGCUGGGAAUAGAACCCAGAGCUGUAUCAUGAAAAGUGUGUGCUCGGGCCCAUUGAGGAGUGUCUCCCCAGCUCUAGCCUUGUCAUUCUUAAUCUAAAGCUCAUCAGAAACUACAAAAGAUUACAAUAGACAGUAUUCUUGAUCAGACAGCGAAUUUUUAAAGCACGCAUUGAAGAAUGCAUUAAACUGCUGGAACAGACAUGAGCAUUCUUUAUUUUUCUUACUCAGAAUACCAGUCCAAGGUAGGUAGGUAGGACUGGAGCGAUAACACAGCAGGAGAGCAGGAGGGCAUUUGCCUUGCAAGCGGCCGACUCAGGUUCGAUUCCUCUGUCCCUCUCGGAGAGCCCAGCAAGCUACCAAGAGUAUCCCACCCGCACAGCAGAGCCUGACAAGCUCCCUGUGGUGUAUUCGAUAGGCCAACAACAAGUCUCACAAUGGAGACGUUACUGGUGCCCGCUUGGGCAGAUCAGUGAACAAAGGGACGACAGUGCUACAGUGCUACUCAGAAUACAUUUGCAGAGAACAGUUUUUAGUAUUUAGUUUUAGUAUUCUAGAAAGUGAAAUGAAGUGACCUCAAUUUAAAACUUGCAUAUGGGCCCCUGGGUCCCUACACUGUAUAAGACUAUAUGAAAGGGCUGAAGGGCUGGAGCGAUAGCACAGCGGGUAGGGCGUUUGCCUUGCACGUGGUCAACCUGGUUUCGAUUCCUUUACCCCUCUCGGAGAGCCCGGCAAGCUACUGAGAGUAUCUCUCCCGCAUGGCAGAGCCUGGCAAGCUACCUGUGGCAUAUUGGAUAUGCCAAAACACAGUAACAACAAGUCUCACAAUGGAGACGUUACUAGUGCCUGCUCGAACGAAUCAAUGAGAAAUGGGAUGACAGUGACAGUAACAGUGAAAGGGCUGAAAAGAUAGUAUAGCAGGUUGUCAUGUACACAGCCAACCUUGGUUCAAUCCCCGCCACCCGUUCAAUUCCUUGAAUACCACAGCAGGGAUCCUGAGGACAGAACCAAUACUGAGCCCUGGGUGCUACUGGGUAUGGGCCACAAACCAAGCAAACCAACAUGAACAACAAAAAUAUCAGAAAUUACUUAGGCAGAUCUUAGAGUUGAAGUCAGAUUAACAGUUCUUGAUUGUAAUGUACAGAGAUUUUUUUAUGAAAACAACAUGUAUGUAUGUAGGCUUGUAUGCACAUAGUUGUUUUUUUAUUGAGAGAUACAGUUACAAAACUGUUCAUGAUCAGGUUUUAGUCAUACAAUGUUCCAACACCCAUAGCUCCACCAAUAUACAUUUCCCACCACCAGUGACCCCAGUUUCACUCCUGCCACUCCCUUCUCACCCCCCAACCUGCUCUUCUCUCUUUCUCUUUCUCUCUCUUUCUCACUUUAAUUCUCUCUCUCUUUCUCACUCUCUCUUUCACAUUCUGUCUGUCUCUCUCUCCCCCUUUUGGGCAUUCUGAUUUGUAAUACAGAUGCUGAAAGGUUAUUAUGUUUGUUCCUUUACCUACUUUCAACAUGCAGUUCUUAUCCAGAGUGAUCAUCUCCAACUAUCAUUGCCAUGGUGGUUCCUCCUCUAUCUCAAUUACCUUCUCCCCCAGCAACUGAGGCAGGUUAUCAGCCAGGACCAAUCCUCCUGUUUCUACAGUCCUUGUCUCACAAUAUGGGCAUUCCUCAAAAAAACUAGAAUUAAGCUUCCUUAGACCCAGCAAUACAGGCAUAUUUUUAAAUCAAAAUUCAAGGGGCUUAAUGAACCUCUAACUAGGCAGGCAUGUAUUUUUUAUUGUAAUUCAAGGGAUUUCAUGGCCCCCAAACCAUUCAGGAUCUUUUCUGAGCGAUCAUCUGUUUUCCCUUCCCUUCUUGUCUCUCUUCACUGGCUGACUUCAAAGCAAAACAGAAGGGGAAAAAAAACACACAACAGAAACUGAUCUAUAACUUGAAGAAUGAGGUCCCUUGGAGCACCUCCAGACAAUUUCUUCUUCAGUUUGAUAUGGUGUGAUAGAGAUAAAAUCAGCUGGAAACUUGACUUUGGUUCUCUCUCCAGGACUGAGUGAAGUGACCACUGGCAGAUUUCAGCUGUCCGCUGUUUGUAGUUGUCUGAAGGAACUGGGAGGCAUCAGACACACUCAUUAUUGUGUUCUCCCUAGAGAAAUUUAGUAAAAAAAUAAAACAGACAGUAGUUUAGGAUUUGAGCUUUGUUGUUGUUUUAAAAUUAGGAAGUAGGCAAGAAAAAAGGAGUGAGAGGAAAUGGACAUUGGAAGAAAAGUAGUAUAGUUUCAGCACACUUCUUUCUUUGUAAAACCCGAGAGAUCAAAAGAAGUGAGAAAUCUAGUAUAGCUUUAUGAUUUGAAGACUUUGUCUUACAUUUGACUUUACAGUCAAAAGUUGGUCUUGAUCAUCAUCUCUCUAUUAAAACUAUAUCCUAGUGAUAGAUAUCUGCUUUUCUAGGAAUGAUUGAUCAGGGCAAAAUUAUUUUCAGCUCUAUUUAUUUACAAUUCCCACCCCAUCUUCAACCUCUUGGAAACACAGUUAGUAAUUAAAGCUAAAGAUGAAAUUACUUAUAUUUGCUUUGUUUGUAUGCAAAUAGAUAUAUAUCUGUUUCAAAGAUGUUUUAAAAUAUUCUUUCAAGGGGUCAAAAAACAGAAACUCUUUAUUGCUACUAAAAAAAAAUUAAUUGGUUCUAAGGUGGAAGUGUUUAAUACCUAAGGCCAUCUCACAACUGUUAGGUAGGGAAGUAGUACAGAAAGGGCACCAUGUACUAGAAAAAAAAUUUAGUUAAAAAAAAGGAAGAAUGAAUAUAGCUCAUCAUUCCAUUUUCAACAGAAUAGAUCUUUCCAGAAAGUAUGAGACCUCUUGAAGCUUGUUAGAAUUACAGUCUGGAGGCUUUAAGUCAGAGACACAUUGAACAGCCACCCCACUCUCCCCUCAAAAUGUGGUUAUGUUACAAGAGUUUGGAAUUUGAAAUACUUCCCCCCCUAACAUUUUUCUAAAUUUUGAAUUGAGACAAAAAGUACAAACCAAAUAAUUCCUAGAAAAAAAGAUAACUAGAGAGAGGUUAUAAAUGUGCUACUCUGUUUUGAUAUUAUUAUCAGAAACUGCUGUUGAGAAGCAUUUUCCAAAUAUUUCCUUCUAGUUUCUCCUUUUUUGCAUAUAUACCUGCUAUUAUUAAUAUCCCAGUUAAAUUAUUUGAAUUUGGAAAGAAUCAAAUAUUCUUUUAGAUUUUUUACUUUUCUUAGUUUGGGGACCAUACUCAGCAGUGCUCAGAGCUUACUUUUUACUGUGCUCAGGGAUCACUACUGCCAGGCCUGAGGGAUCAUAGGGGAUGCCAGGGAUCAAACCUGGGUCAGCCAUGUGCAAGGCAAGCGCCCUAACUGCUGUACUAUCUCUCCAGCCUUUCUAAUAGCCUCUUCUUAUCUUUACUUGUCCUUGGUCUAAUCCUUCUAAUAACUUGUAUAAAUAUGGAGGCACUGGAUAAUAUAAACAGUUAUUUUAAGAUAUACUUGACAAGAACCCAAAAUAUCUAUAAUUAUAAUGGAUAGAGUUUUGCUCCUGAGAAAGAUUGUUUAUACUAAAUAAUACCAAGUCUAUUAAUACAUACAAGAAUUAGAGGUUUUGCUAUUGCAUCUGCUCCUUCCUAUAACAUGAAGGCAGGACUAUUAAACAUGACCAACAUAUCAGCUACUUUUAUCACAUAGGCUAGAAAUUUUCCACAAAAGCCAGGCUUAUAGGCUGUUUCUGGGAGCACUUUGCUACUGUAAGGGGUCACAGAAAUGUUUCAUAGGACCCUGCAUGUGUCUCACCCACUUUGUGUCCUUCUGUAGAUUUAUACUCUAUGAGGGCUACCUUGUGGCUUUAACCAUUUAAUAGUGUUAGCAGUAGAUACCAUUUACUGAAGGAGUAAUUUGCUCAGAGCAUUGGAUUGGGUCAGAGAUAUGGCUCAUUGCCAGUGGUUGAGUUUCCAUGGAUUGUGGUCUCCACACAGUUGCCUGAGUGAUCUGUUGUGCUUCUGCUUUUCCUGGCUCCUUUAAGAACUUUACUUCGAGAAGUAAAUAUGAGGGAGAGGAUAGCUGAGGAGGGGAGGAGUCAUAUCUUUCAAAAUUAACCAAAUAAAAUUCUACCAGUCUUAUUUUGGUAAACACAUCAUUUUAAAGCAUGUUUUUAAAGAAAUAACUGAUGCUUUUGAUGGCCAAGUGUCUUUAAAUGGCAGUAUAGAAUACCUCCUUCCCGCUGAAUAAAGUUUACCAUUCUUUCUCAAGUAAAAAGGCCAACAUCAAACUUAUAGGUUGCCCAAUUUUGCCUGUUUUCCAACGUGCACAUUAUCAUGAUUCUCUUGGGUUAUCCAUUGAGUUUUCUUCAGGUAUGGAGAAAGAGGACAGAGAAAAGCAGGGUAAGAAUAACGACAUUUCUAUGUCAUUGCUGGCCUUCUCUGUGUGUUUCCUUGGCUGAAAGCAGAGAGCUGUGCUUUUAACCCCGCUCUGUGCCCUCCACACCACUCUACACUCAAACUGCAGGCCAGCUCCUUUGCCAACUCCACGGACAAAGCUUUCCGGGAGGCCUAAGUUGAAAUGUGCAAAUAAUUUCUCAGUUCUGGAGGGUUUGGUGCCAAAGCAUACGAAAUACUUAUGUUCUGCUAUGGAAAUCUUGGAAGAACAGAACUUCUGUUUUUAAUAUCUCCGAGGAUUUAAAACAGUUCUUAGGCUGCUUAUUGCGUUUCAUAAAAGUUACUCCUACUUGAAAUAUCUCUUGGUGGCUUACCUAUAUUAAAAAGAGGGAAAGAAUCCUUUCUGAUUCCACUGUUUCCUCUCCUCCACCAGAGUCAUAAGAGAAAGGACAGCAGUUGAAAGCCUGGGGGGUUGCCCGUGUUUCCCACCCCACCCCCCCAGCCCCUCUCCAGUGGACUAAGUUCUCUUAUUUGCAAAAUGAGAAGGGUGAUGAUCUCUCAGAUUCUUUUUUGGGAAGGCAGGGAAACUAACCACCGUUAAGCACACAGUGAGCGCCAGGAAUUUGAAAUAUCAUUAUUCAAUCCUCAGAACGACCUGAGAUGAAGACAGUCAUUAUUUUCUCAUUGAAAAGGCAAGGAACUUGAAGAAUCAAGAAAUUGCCUGAUGUGCUCAAGGUCACAGAGUGAGUCGAGUCUGGGUUCAUCUCUGUCCCAAUGCAGACGGCUUCACAGUUGUGCUUAUAUGAGUCUGAACCCUUUUCAGAGAAGCAGAAUUUUACUGGAGGAGAAUAAAGGAGUACUGGGUUGGUUAAAAAAAAAAAAACAAACAAACUGGGGCGACAGAAUUAGAAUAUACUCAAAACCUAGCCCAGACUUCUAGAAACAAACAAUACCCAGCAUGAAUCACUGUGGAGAAUGGGAGAACAAAAAGAAGUCAUUCAAAAAGUAUUGCUAGAUUUCUUUUACUGAAUAGAAGUAUUCCUCUUUAAUUGUGUCUUAUACUAUUCCCUGUCACCUUUGCUGGGAAGUUGCUGAUGUAUGUUCUUAUAUAAAAGUUGCUGUGACACUUACAUCUGCUAUAAUGUGUCUGUAAUAUGAUACCAAUAAACAUUGUGUUUUA